AUGCCCCCUCCACACUCUCCCCCAUCACCAGGCCUCAACGUGAUAGCCCUGAUCUCGGGCGGCAAGGACUCUCUCUACUCAAUCCUCCACUGCAUCCGCAACGGACACAAAGUAGUCGCCCUAGCAAACCUACACCCGGAACAAAAAACCACGCCAUCGGAUAAUCAAUCCAAUCAGGAAGAUGGCCAAAAUGGCACCGGCGACAUGGAAGAAGACAUCGAUAGCUUCAUGUACCAAACCAUCGGCCACAGCGUGAUCCCGCUCUACGAGUCCGCACUGGGCAUCCCGCUGUAUCGCGCACCCAUUACAGGCGGCGCAGUCGAUACGGCGCGGAUAUACAGACACGAUGCAGCGGACCAGGCAGCCGAGCCUGUUUCAAACAUAGAACCGGGCACGGAAGACGAAACAGAGUCCCUCGUCCCCCUGCUCCGCCGCAUCAUGCAGUCCCACCCAGAAGCCAACGCCGUCUCGGCCGGCGCAAUCCUAUCCACAUACCAGCGCACCCGCAUCGAGAACGUCGCCGGCCGACUUGGUCUCGUCCCGCUAGCCUGGCUGUGGAUGUACCCCUCGCUCCCCGCGCCGGCCGAGCGAGACGCGGAUCCCGCGGCUGUCGCGGCGGCGGGGCUGCUUGAGGAUAUGGCGGGGUGUGGGUGCGAUGCGCGCAUUAUCAAGGUUGCCUCGGGCGGGCUUGAUGAUGGGUAUUUGUGGGAGAAUGUGUCUGGGUCUUUGGCUGCGGGGCGGGGGCUGCGGAGACGGCUUAUUAAGGGGAUGAGUCGGUUUGCGGCGGCGGAGGAUAUUGGGGGGGCGGUUUUGGGGGAGGGUGGGGAGUAUGAGACGCUUGCGCUUGAUGGGCCGGGCUUUUUGUGGAAGAUGAGGAUUGAGGUUGAGAGGAGGGAUGUCAAGGUUGGAGAGGGGGGUGUUGCGUUCGUUAAGUUGAAGGGGGCGAGGUGUGUUCCUAAGUCUGAUGGGUUGGAGUAUACGCCGCAGGAUGUGAGGAGGCCGGUUUUGUUGGAUGGGACGUUUUCUACGGCUUUGGAUGGGAUAUCCUCGCUGUCGGUGCAUCAGAUGGAGUCAACGGGCUCUGGUGAGUCUGUGUCGUCGCUGGAAUGGUCUAUCGACGAACCGAAUCACCGUUUGUCUCCGUCGACAUGGACUAUUUCAAACCUGGUCGCGCCAGAGGCAGGUCCCAGUGCGGGCGAACAGAUGAAUGCUAUUGUCACCAAAGUCCAGAAUGCGCUAUCGUCUCCUCCGGAUUCUAUCUCAACUCCUCGCUCUACAGAGGAUAUUGUCUUCGCCACUGUCCUCCUACGAUCCAUGUCUGACUUUGCCCUCAUGAACAACGUCUACGUCUCCCUUUUCAAAAAGCCAAACCCACCAGCCCGCGUUACAGUCGCCUGUGGCGAUGCCCUUCCGGCUAAUGUGAGGGUCAUGGUCUCGUUUGUGCUCGACCGGGGCGCUCGAGACCGGCGCCAGGGCCUGCACGUCCAGUCGCGGUCGUACUGGGCACCGGCGAAUAUUGGCCCAUACUCACAGGCAAUGUCUAUCCCAUUGCAAGAUGAGGGGAGAAUCGUUUACAUUGCGGGUCAGAUUCCGCUAGAACCAGCUUCUAUGGAGGUUGCUGCGCAGGAUAAGCCCUGGGUUGAGGGGUAUUCCUUGAGGGCUGUGCUUGCACUCCAACAUCUGUGGAGGAUUGGCGAGGCUAUGCAAAUUGAUUGGUGGCUCGGUGCCGUGGCUUUCAUGACGGGUGUUGAUCGUGUCGAGGCACAGGUGCGUAUUGCAUGGGAACUGUGGAAGAAGAUGCAUUCCCGGCCUGAAGGCGAUGAAGAUGAAGAUGAAGGCCCGCAGCUUGAUGCUUGGGAUAUCAAGUACGGACGGAGAGCAGAGGAACUGAUGCCUCAAGCGGUAGAGUCUAGUCUACCUAAGUUCUCCGUACUUGACGAGGAUUGCCAAUCAACUGUUGCGCCUUUCCUGGCGGUUGAGGUCGAUGAGCUUCCUCGGGGAAGUGACAUUGAGUGGCAGGGACUUGGUGGUCGGUGCCAGCAGGCCAAGUUGCUGAGCUUGGAAGAUGGUACGUCUACAAUUGCGGAUGAACGAUACAGCUACCGCUCCCUGGAGCUUGACUCUGGAAGCUCCGAAGUGUUAUUUGAAGAGAGGCUUCGUUCGUUGGUCACAUCUCACUGCCAGACGUCCGGCCUGUCUCAGGCAAUUCUAUACACCAGCCUGCCGGUACCGGAGGGCGUCUGGCCAGGCCAGAUUAUCCCAUGCCGAUCGGUUUGGGGACGGGAAGGACGACGCUUGAUUGCUGCUGCGGUCUUGCAGGAGGAGUGUGGAGUGGAAGUGUAA